GGUUGGAUUCGAUUCGGCUCUCCACUAUUAGUAUGUAUCACUUAAUUCCGGGGAGCCGCUUCUUUUCAUAAUGAAAGUAAAGUAGUUUGGCUUUUAGUUGAUUCAUCGGAACAGAGACGAUGGCUCGAAUCAUCCUCCUGUUUGUGAUCAUCUUCUUGGUUUCUCUUUCAGAAGUGGAGCCUAUAACGUUCAAGAUCAGCAAUCGUUGCCGGAACACCAUCUGGCCGGGCUUUCUCUCCGGCGCCACCUCACCCCCUCUCCCAACUACUGGCUUUCGCCUCUCUCGUGGCAAAUCCAAAACCGUCACAAUCCCGCCGUCCUGGUCGGGUCGUCUGUGGGCUCGAACACUGUGCUCCCAAGAUCCCGCCUCCGGUUCUUUCGCCUGCUUGACCGCUGACUGCGGCUCCGGCAAGGUCGAGUGUUCCGGCUCCGGAGCUAAACCUCCUGCGACGCUCGCCGAGUUCACCCUCAACGGCACCGGUGGACUAGACUUCUACGACGUCAGCCUCGUCGACGGCUACAACCUCCCGAUGCUUAUCUUGCCCAAGAAAAUCGUGGUCGGAGGAUGCGGAGCCACCGGGUGUCUCGUCGACUUGAACGCCGCCUGUCCCACAGACCUCAAGCUUCUGACACGUGGCUCAAGGGGCGGCGGCGUGGCAUGCCGCAGCGCCUGCGAGGCCUUCAGUGACCCACGCUACUGCUGCAGCGAUGCUUACGCUACGCCCGACACGUGUCAGCCUUCUGUGUACUCGCUCUUCUUUAAGCACGCCUGUCCACGCGCCUACAGCUACGCCUAUGACGACAAGACGAGCACAUACACUUGCUCCACCGGAGCAGACUACGCCAUCAUCUUCUGUCCGCCGCCCUACACAAGCGAGAAGCUGUUAGGAUCAAGGAAAGACGGGGCCACACUUCCGCUAGUAAACAAGAGCAUGAUACAUUUGCAGUAGCUCUCAUUCAUUCUUCUUUCUUUCAAGGCAGAUAGCUAAAGAAAAAACAUUUUAAAUGUAUAGAAAACGUCACUACGUUUAAUGUAAUACCACUACGGCACUACCACGACGGUAGACAAAUUGUAAAUCUACCACUAAUACUCUUCUUUUUUCAGAAAUAUGCUCUACUAUAACAAAAUGUCUUUAGGUUAUG